GCCUUCUGCGUUCUCUGCGUCGGUCGUUCCAUUCCGCCAUAAUCAAAACAAAUAGGCAGGGCAACGUCGCGGAGCAUAAUAUGGCUGACGAAACGGGAGGCGCUGUAGCGGGGUCAGAGCUGAUCGAAGCUUCUGCCGAUCAAGGCUUCCCCGAGAUCGGAGGCCCUGCAAAGAAGCGCUUCAAGGCGGGCGACAAAGCCGCCAGCAAGUCGGACAAAUUGGAGCACAGGCUAGGCGGCAUCCUUUGCUGCGCCGUCUGUCUGGAUCUGCCCCGCUCCGCCAUUUAUCAGUGCACCAACGGCCACUUGAUGUGUGCCGGUUGUUUUACUCAUCUCCUGGCAGAUGCACGUCUCCGCGACGAGACUGCAACCUGCCCCAACUGCAGGACGGUCAUCAGCCGUGAGCUCUGCUCACGCAACCUCGCCGUUGAAAAGGCGGUCUGUGAACUGCCCACCGAGUGCCAGUUCUGCGCCAGCGAACUGCCGCGAGCGCACAUCGAGCGCCAUGAGGCAGACCUGUGCGAGGAGCGGCUGACACGCUGCAGCUAUAGUCGAAUUGGCUGCCAGUGGAGAGGCCCACACCACGAGCUGGAAGUGCACACUGCCGUGUGCUCGCACCCACUCAAGACGGGAGGAGAGGUGAUGGAUGCCCUGGAGCUCAUUGACCAGCAACUGCACAAGGAACAGAUGCUCUACAACACCAUCUUCGAGUUGCUCUCCUUCGAGAAGAUCACCUUCAACGACCUGCAAUUCAAACCAUACCGUACAGAUGAGUUCAUCCACAAGCUGUACUACGAGACCUCACGUUUCACGGCCUUUGGCUCACAGUGGGUUGUGAAGGCACGUGUCAAUGACAACCAGCGUGAUCCCACACAGUCAUGCGAACGCACACUCAGCUACCAUCUGGUACUCAAGAGCAAGGCAACCAGUGCAAUGGCCAUCCACUUUAUGAUACUCAAAGGCCCCUUUGGAGACAUGAAGGUCAACCCAAGACUCUACCAGCACGAGUUCUCAGAGGCAGCCAUGGAGAGUCCGUACCAGCCUCUUCCGCUUCUCGAUUCUGCCGAAUGCAACAAGCUGUUGGCUGCCAAGGCAUUCAACUUUCGCCUCAUCAUGUUUCACGUCACUAAAUGAAGCCGCAAAGGACACAGCCCUGUCAUUCCUGUAUUUUUUGCUGCAUGUGUGCACGAGAUUCAGGGCAAGGAUUGUUCUCUUGUUGAUAGUAAGACACUAUUCACAUCAUAAUGGAAAAAGAUGUUUGCUUUGAUAACAGGCUCUUGGUACUUCCUUUAGUCUUUGGUCAUCCUGUUGCAAAAUCAUCCAUGAACAAGGGUAAAGACCCUAGACUAGCCUGACGUUUCCCAGGGUUUUAAAUGGUCGUGGCUAUGCUGUGAACUGUAUAGUUUCUUUGUGUUUGUGUUCUGGCAGUUCUAAUCCUUUGUCCUAUUUAUCUUGUUGUGCAUUGUGCACAUCGGGAAGUAUACAUACUGUCAGCUGCCAAAAAUUAACUUCAACAAAAUUAUAUUGCGUGGUGACAUUCUUUUUCCCAAUGCUAUGCUUAGCAUGGAGUAAUAUGUGUGUUCUCCGGCAAGAGAAGUGGUACAAGGAACUUUUUCCUUGUUUUUAGAAAUUGGUUGUCCUUGCUGGAGAUCUUGGAAGAAAAAUUUUCAUCAAUUUCCAGAACCAGUUUAUUUUAGAGACAUAGUACAGAAGUGAGUGUAAUAUAUAUGCUAGGUUGCAGUAGGAUAUAACUAUUUAAAAAUUUUGUUACUUGGUGCCAGGUGGUUACUCAGUUAUGCCAGAAUUGUUUGCUUUCCCAAACUGCUGUGUAUUGUUUAGAGGUGCUUUGCAGAGGUCAAUAUGUUACAUGUAGUUUUCAUCCUACACAGAAAUUGUAUAAAUAUCAUCCAAUAAAAUGGUAAAACACGGC